AAUAAAAUCAUUCUGGACCCUCUGACGUUCAGCGAGGCUCGUUUCCGACCUUCCUUGGAGGAGCGUCUUGAGAGCAUCAUCAGUGGUGCCGCGCUCAUGGCCGACUCCUCGUGCACACGUGACGACCGGCGUGAGCGCAUCGUGGCCGAAUGCAACGCUGUGCGGCAGGCGCUACAAGACCUACUCAGUGAAUACAUGAACAACACGGGAAGAAAAGAGAGAGGUGACCCGCUGAACUCUGCUAUCGACAAAAUGACAAAGAAGACCAGGGACCUGCGCCGACAGCUGAGGAAGGCCGUGAUGGACCACAUCUCCGAUUCCUUCCUGGAGACCAACGUUCCUCUGCUGGUCCUCAUUGAAGCUGCCAAGAGCGGCAAUGAGAAGGAGGUUAAGGAGUACGCGCAGGUGUUCCGCGAGCAUGCUAACAAACUGGUCGAGGUGGCGAAUCUGGCAUGUUCCAUCUCCAACAACGAGGAAGGGGUGAAGCUGGUGCGCAUGGCCGCUACACAGAUCGACAGCCUGUGUCCUCAGGUGAUCAACGCUGCCCUGACGCUGGCGGCUCGUCCUCAGAGCAAGGUGGCUCAGGACAACAUGGAUGUGUUUAAAGACCAGUGGGAGAAGCAGGUGCGUAUUCUGACCGAGGCUGUGGAUGACAUCACCUCUGUGGAUGACUUCCUGUCUGUGUCAGAGAACCACAUCCUGGAGGAUGUGAAUAAGUGUGUGAUAGCGCUGCAGGAGGGCGAUGUGGACACGCUGGACAGGACAGCAGGGGCGAUCAGAGGUCGCGCCGCUCGCGUGGUCCAUAUCAUCAACGCCGAGAUGGAGAACUACGAGCCAGGCGUGUACACUGAGCGAGUCCUGGAGUCCAUCAAGCUGCUGUCUGAAACCGUGAUGCCUCGUUUCGCUGAGCAGGUUGAGGUCGCUAUAGAAGCUCUGAGCACCACUCCGCCUCUGCCCUUCGAGGAGAACGAGUUCAUCGAUGCCUCGCGCCUGGUUUACGACGGCGUCCGUGACAUCAGGAAAGCCGUCCUCAUGAUACGGACCCCUGAAGAGCUGGAGGAUGAUUCGGACUUUGAGCAGGAAGACUAUGACACCCGGAGCCGUACCAGUGUCCAGACUGAAGAUGACCAGCUCAUUGCUGGACAGAGUGCAAGGGCCAUCAUGGCUCAGCUCCCUCAGGAGGAAAAGGCGAAGAUCGCCGAGCAGGUGGAGAGCUUCCGGCAGGAGAAGAACAAGCUGGACGCCGAGGUGGCCAAGUGGGACGACAACGGCAAUGAUAUCAUCGUUCUGGCCAAGCAGAUGUGCAUGAUCAUGAUGGAGAUGACUGACUUCACCAGGGGAAAAGGUCCACUGAAGAACUCGUCAGAUGUGAUCAAUGCCGCCAAGAAGAUCGCAGAGGCCGGAUCCAGAAUGGACAAACUGGCUCGAGCUGUAGCUGACCAGUGCCCCGAUUCGGCUUGCAAGCAAGACCUGCUGGCGUACUUGCAGAGAAUUGCACUCUACUGCCACCAGCUCAACAUCUGCAGCAAAGUUAAAGCUGAAGUCCAGAAUCUCGGAGGAGAGCUCAUCGUCUCAGGGCUGGACAGCGCCACAUCCCUCAUCCAGGCGGCCAAGAAUCUGAUGAACGCCGUGGUCCUGACGGUCAAGGCCUCCUACGUGGCUUCCACCAAGUACCAAAAGGUGUACGGAACAGCGGCGGUCAAUUCCCCCGUAGUGUCGUGGCGCAUGAAGGUGCCUGAGAAGAAGCCACUGGUGAAGAGGGAGAAGCCUGAGGAGUGUCAGACCCGCGUUCGCCGAGGCUCGCAGAAGAAACAUAUCUCGCCAGUCCAAGCCCUCAGCGAGUUCAAGGCCAUGGACUCUUUUUAAUUCUACAGGCUCCAAGGAUCCAACCCGUGAAACUCUUCCAACUCCUUCUGACUCUUCCCUCUAUCUCUAUUCUUUCUUUCCCGCCUCCUGCAGCUCCUUCCCCCGUAUCCCGUUCCACAUAAAGGCAAAGGCAUUGCCGUGGAUACUCUCGAUUUUCUUUUCCAGAGAACAGUGAAAGUGCAUUGCACCACAAAAGCGAGACACGUUGAGGAGAGGGGCAUGUGUUUACUCCUGGAGCUUCAGUGCCAUUUCUGUGGUGUUUGUUAUUUACCAGUGUUAACUGACUAGACUGACUAGCCAUAUUUACACAGAUACUACAGAGUCCUGCUGCUGACAUCCCUACUUAAAAACUAGUGCAUAAUCAUGACUUAAAUAAGGCAUGAACAUGAGAUCAUCACAUUGAGGGAAAGAGAUCAGUCACGAUCAAUGGAAUGAGAUCAUUCAUUUGUCACCUUGUUUACUUGAGUUACAAAGUUGUUGCUUUAAAUUCUUUAAAUCAUUAUUUCAAGCCACGUGGCCCAAAGCUAUGACUUGAUUAUCUCAUUGGUUCAAGUUACAAAUCCAUGGCAGUAAAAAUGAUCUUAUUUGCACACAGUCAUAAAGAGGAUUCUCUCAAGUAACUAAAAGGUUUAAUCUUCUUGCUUUUUUCAUGCUGUAUGGGCAAGACUUUAAUGAUCUCAUUCUCUCACAUGUCUAUGGCCUUAUUAUCUUGUUUUCUUUUGUUACAAAUUCAUGACCAUGAUUAAAUUAUCUUUAUUUAUCUUAGAAAUAUUUUUAUCUUACCAUGUCUUAUAAUAUAUAUAUUUUUAUUUUGUUUCCUUUUGUUACAAGUCCAUGGCCAUGACUGAAUUGUCUUUAUUUAUCUUAAAAUAAAUAAUUGUCUCAUUUUCUUUUGUUACAGAUCCAUGGCCAUGAUGGAAUUAUCUCAUUUCCCCUUAAUUUCUUUAUUUUAUUUUUUUCUUGUUUUUUGUCUAUAGCUAUGACUGAAUUAUCUUAGUCAAGUUGGUCAUGACUGUCUCGUUCUACUGUGGUCAUGUUCUUACUAUCUUGUUUUCUUAUGGUACAUAAUUACUGGUCACAUUAAUAUUAUUAUUAUUAGAUUUUUUUUAAAUAGGGAUCUCACAAAAGAAAUAAUAUAUGAUGCCGUAGCUUUUGAAGUGUCCUGAAGCUCCUGAUUUUGACUGAACUUUGAAACUGAGUAUGGCGUGUAGUGUUAGAAAUAAGUAAAAAAAAAAAGAAAAAGAAAAAAAAAGACUUUUUGUCCCUAUGAUCAAUGAUCCGUAUACUCCACAUGGUGACAUGACGUAUGGGGUUUCGCCAUUUUAUUUAAUUAUUAUUGCAUCACUAACUAUUACAGCCUGUUGGCCGUGGUGUUGGACCUGAUACUAGAAACGGGCCGAGUUGACUAGUCAUGUGAUUUGCGCAGAGAAAAUGUAGAAUCCUGCAUAUGAUUAUGGUCACAGUUCUCUAAUAAAACUUGCAACUGUGUUCCUGA